GGUUCGCCAGUUGAAAACUGAAUUGUAUGAGGAGAAGCUGACCACUGCAAAUCAAACAAAGGUAAUCAUAUGGUUUUGUGUGUGUAUUAUGUCCCCUUUUCAUAUUUUGGAUUUGGUUACUAUCUCGCUGAUCGAAAAUGCAAAUUCAUAGAGCAGAAAAUAGAAGAACUUGAAGAGGAAACAAGAAGAUUAAGCAAAGAGCUUGACAGUGAAAAGGAAGCUCGAGAAGAAGCAUGGGAUAAAGUUUCUAUUCUUGAGCUUGAGAUAAAUGCCACAAUGCGGGAUCUAGAUUUUGAGAGGAGGAGAUUAAAAGGUGCCAAGGAAAGACUUAUGCUUUGGGACACACAACUACGGGCAUUUUAUUCCACUACUGAGGAAAUGCAAGUACUCUUUGCUAAGCAACAGGUGCAAUUAAAGGCUAUGCAGAGAACUCUUGAAAACGAAGAGAAUUACAAGAAUACUUUUGUAGAUAUGGAUGGAGUGAUCGGUGGAACCCCUGGAAGAGAGAAGUUGCAGGAUACUAUAGCAAAAAUGCUACAAAGGCAGGAUGAACUGCAUCUACACUGA